AUGAAGGUGUCCGCUGUUGUUCUGGUGCUGGUGGCCUUCCAGGCCGCCGGCGCCGUGCAGGCGACGGCGCCGGGCACCCCGACGGUCGGCUACUACAACGACAAAUGCAACUGCAGCGUCGAGGGUAUCGUCAGAGAUACCGUCAAGGUGGCCCUCGACGCCGACAUUACCAAGGGUGCUGCACUCGUCAGGCUGUUCUUCCAUGACUGCUUCGUCAGGGGCUGCGAUGGUUCUGUCCUUCUGGAUCCGACGGACGCGAAGCCCAAUCCGGAGAAGACGUCUGGCGCCAACAUCGGUCUCCGAGGCUUCGACGUGAUCGACGCCAUCAAGGCCAACCUCGAGAGCGCCUGCCCCCGCACCGUCUCCUGCGCCAACAUCCUCGCGUUCGCGGCCCGCGACGCGUCGAGGUACCUCAGCAAAGGCGGAAUCGACUACGCCGUCCCGGCCGGCCGCCUGGACGGCGUCGUCUCGUCGGCCACGGACGCCGAGAACAACCUCCCGGGCUCCACGUUCGACGUCGCCAAGCUCAUCAGCAACUUCACCGCCAAGGGCUUCACCCCCGAGGAGCUGGUCAUCCUCUCCGGCGCGCACUCCAUCGGCCGCGCGCACUGCUCCUCCUUCCGCGACCGCCUCUCCGCGCCGUCCGGCGAGAUCAACCCCUACUUCCGCGACAACGUCCUCGCCAAGGACUGCGGCGCCGGGCCGGCCGACCCGACGGUGGAGAACAACAUCCGCGACCAGAACGCGACGGCGCUGGGGAGCCUGACGAGCUACGUCGUGCCGGCCAGCGGCGGCGCAUCCCUGGACAAUAGCUACUACAUCAACAACCUCAACAACAUGGUGCUGUUGAUUCCUGAAUGA